CUCUGAUCUACACACAUUUUUGUGCGUGAGGCACCGUUUCCAGGCCUUAUCCUUUGCUUUAAUUAUUUAUUUCCGUGUAAACUGCAGUCUUGCUAUCAAAACAUUGAUGGCCGAUAAUUUCCCUCUCUGUUGAGGGCCGAAGGGAACUAAAAUACCGAUAUAAUCUCAAAUUGGAGUAUACUAAAACUACACGGUCAUUAUGGCUCGUCCACGGCCGCGGGAGUACAAGGCAGGAGAUUUGGUUUUUGCGAAGAUGAAGGGAUACCCACACUGGCCGGCGAGGAUUGAUGAACUUCCAGAGGGAGCCGUCAAGCCCCCGGCUAAUAAAUAUCCCAUCUUUUUCUUCGGCACGCAUGAAACUGCAUUCCUGGGCCCCAAGGAUCUCCUGCCAUACAAUGAGUACAAGGACAAGUUUGGCAAGUCCAACAAGAGAAAAGGGUUUAACGAGGGUCUGUGGGAGAUUGAGAACAACGCAGGAGUCAAAUUCACUGGCUAUCAGGCCAUCCAGCAGCAGAGUUUGUCCGAGACGGAGGGACAAGGUGGAAAUGUGGCCGAUGGAAGCAGUGAAGGAGAGGAGGGAGAUUUCAUAGAGGAAGUCGAAGAUGACAAAGGCAAACGGAAGGAUGAAAAACCGGGGUCGAAACGGAAAAAGACUGCCUCCUUUAAGAAGUCUUCUAAGCUGUCAAGGAUCUCAUCUGGAGACGAUGAUCUGGAGAAGGAUGGGAAAGAGGAGGAUCGGAAGAGUGGAUCAGAGGGGGGAGACCCAAAUAACGACAUUAUCCAGAACCUCUCCGACAGCAAGGUGUGCCCCCGGAGGAAGUCAGGGUUGGGGACAAAUCAAAUGGAUAACCAGUUGAUGAGAGAAGAACAUUAGGUACUGUGGACGACUGCAGAUGAAAGGAAAUAAUUGAAUCAAAAGAAAAUGUAUUUAUAUAGCAUAUUUCUAAAAUUAUAAAAGGUGAAAAGGGUAAAACUAUUUAAAUGGAAAUAUAAAAUAAUAUAAUAAAUAUAUGAAAUUAAGAAGUGAGACAUACAUACAACAUGUAUUAAGACAAGACAAAACAACAUUUAACAGUGAAUGAAAGACUUAACAGAGCAGACCAUAGAAUAAAUACAAUAUAAUAUAAAAUCAAUAAAAUUGUUAAAUAUAAGUAAGACAACUAAAAGGUACCCUUGUCAAAAAGCAGGUCUAAAAAGGUAGGUCUUUCUUAAAAGUGUUAAAAGCAUCUGACACCUCAGAUCACUUUCCUGGCUCUUCCAAAGGCCCUGACCAUAGUGACUGAAGCAGACUCAACAAAGGUUUUGGUUUAACCUCUAGAACAACUAAAAGGCAAGUACCAGAAGAUCUGAGGGAGCGACUGGGCAAAUACACAAAGAAGCAUAUUCAACACAUAUUUGGGUGCCAGAUCAUGCAGUGCUUUAAUAAUCAAUAAAGCAAGUUUAAUACCUCUAAAACUGUUCAACUGAUUCUGUCUUUCAUCUGAUAUGGAAAUGGGUUAGGGUUAGGCCUAUUAUCACCAAGGGACAUUUCUAUCAUUACCUGUAUUGGGCUUGCCACACAAAUCUCAUAAACAGAUCUACUAUGUUGCAUUUCGGUGAAAAUAGUGCAGACAUUAAUAGUCAAUACACACAUACUAGGGGGCAGGGUAAAAAAACGUUUGACAUCUUGUAUAUCUUGUAUCUCUUAUCAUUCAGACAGCACUAUUACGGUAAAGCACUUCCUGUGUUACGUUAGAUAAAGCUUAUGUAUAUGUAUUUUCAUUAUUUUAUAGUAUAUUUUUCACUUAAAGACUGUUGACCCUUUUCGUCCAGAACCAGUUGAUGAGACAGGGUCCUGUGGACAACUACAGGAAAUAAUUCAAUAAAAACAACAUGUAUUUAUAUAGCAUAUUUCUUACAACGAAUGCAUUUCACAGAGCUUAUUGAAUUCGAUUCUAAAAAGUGAGGAGCUUACUCUGAAAUAUUUCAAUAGAAAUAUAAAGAGUCAAGAGAAAUGUAUAAAAAAAGACUUGAAAUGCAUUAAAAUAGUAAAACAACAGUAAAAUAACAGUGGAUGAAAGACCAAUGCAGCCAAGACUAGAAUAAAUCAAAUAUAUAUUACUAGUGUUUCUUAAAAGUGUUAGUUUCUGACACCCUAGAUUACCUGGCAGGCUGUUCCAAAGGCCAGAACCACUGUGAAUGAAGUAACCUCAACUAUUUUGUUUCUGUCUUUUGGAACUGAAAGGCCAGUUUAAGAUCUUAGGGACUGACUGGGCAUACCCAUGAAAGCAUAAUUGACAAAUAUUUGGGUGCCAAACCACAUAGUGCUUUAAAUAUAAAUAAAGCAAUUUUAUUAACAACUCUUUAACUAAUUAACUCAUUGUGGACAUUGUAAAGGUCAACACUGAGCUAGCUGGUCAUCUCUAUGUAAGUUCAAGUCUGUUCUAAAUCAAAAUGAGAUGUUUGUAAUAUAGCCAUAAAUGGAUAUUUAUAUUGACAUAGCUGCCACUAUCUGAUAAAUCCAUUAAUGAUAUCAUUCAGCUAAACAUAUACAACAUUGUAAAAAUAAUAUACUCUCCAAAAGUCUAUGAUGAUUGAUACAUGUUGGGUAUUGCAGUGUUGUAAUGAAAUUAAUUGUAUUUUGGAAUUUGCUUUUCUAAAAUAAUGGUUUAGGAAAUGGGCUAGCUAAUUCUGGAUUGGGGGUAUUCUCCAAAAUUCAUAGGGUUUCCUCUGGUUCAAAAGAAAUAAUGAAAUCAGGAAGGAGUAAACACAAAAUCUAGGGAUCUGAAAACAGGAUUUUCUUGGAAAACCUGUGAAUUUUGGGAAGGUUACCAGUGCAGUUUGGUUGGUAUAAGACAAUCCAUAUCAAUCACAACUAAAUGUAACCUGCAAAUGAUGAAUGGGACAAAAAGGUUGAUAAAUGUAACAAGUGUUGUGCACAAGCUGAGUUACAUAUUGUAACUCUUUAAACUGCACUUUGCGCUAUAGAGUAUAGGGCCAGUAUUCUACCUGACUGAUCUAGGUAACAACUAAUCUGCGGCAUAAAUGGCACCCUACUGUAUUUACAACGUAGUGAAAUAUUUUUUCCUCAAAAGUAGUGCACUAUAUAGGUAAUAGGGUUCCAUUUGGGACACUACCCUCAUCUUUCUGUGGGAAGCGGAAUCUGUUUUAACGUGUGUCAAUGGUUAUAUUUUAAAAGCUUUUUAUAGUUGCAUGCUUAACUGUUGUACACAGCUACCUAGUUCUUUUUUCAAGGUUUCCUACUACCUGCUGUUUUUCCAUUCACACUUCUUCCACUUGUACAGCAAAUCUGAGACAAAAACACAACACAAUCAUGUUUGUGAAACACCUUCUCAGACCUUAUGUAUGGGUUAUCCUUAGGUUAUGCUGCAUUUAUGGGAUGUUGGGAACUCUGAAAAAAAAUUUUUUAACUGCCCUCCAACUUAAUUACAAAAGUAAAAAUUGAGUAUCAUCCUUUUGCUCUGACCACUGACAUUGUACUGUGACAUUACCUAUUAAGGAAAUUGUCUUGAUAACAGAAUUUUCACCUCUCUUUAUUAAAACCAAUGCAUAAUUGUUUACAAGCAAGACAGCUGUACUUAAGCUUAUGACUGACUGUUAAUUGAAUGUGAUUGUUUGUCUGUUGCCAAUAAGUGUUCUCUAUGAGUUCAGAGCACAUGAAUGUGCUCACAACAGGUCGUAUUUUCAGAGUUUCCAGUUGUCAGGAAUGCAGCUUUAGUCUUUGGUGUAAGUUUAGCAUCGGGCAUGCUAGAAAAUAGUGUUUUCUGCCCAGCUGCCUUUUUUAUUUCCUAUUACUGUCUUUAUGAAAAAUAUAUUCUAUUUAUUUUUUGAUGAUAUCUGAUUAUAACACUGUGCGAUUUCUGUUUAUACAUUUCAAUCUUUGUUCAUGCUCAUAAUUAGAACAGGUUUUACAUUUUAAAGGUUUGUAGUUCAAUGUUAACUGUUUUUUGCUGUUUACUGACAAUACUUUUACAGAAUAAACUUAUUGGAAUG